UGUCCGGAGCUCCAGAGUCCAGACAUCAGCAGCUACGCCGGUCUUUCUUGACACGUACAACGCUCAGAUGGGCGGCGAGAACAAGGAGGCGUCCGCGCUGGUGAAGAAGAUCGCCGGCCUCCACGCCGCCAUCUCCAAGCUGCCGUCCCUGAGCCCGUCUCCCGAGGCGGACGCGCUCUUCACCGCCCUCGUGGCCGCGUGCGCCCCGCCGAGCGCCGCCGUCGACGUGGCCACGCUGGGCCCGAGGGCCCGGAGGAUGCGGGCCGACCUCGUCCGCCUCUGCGCCGACGCCGAGGCGCGCCUCGAGGCGCGCUGCUCCGACGCGCUGGCCGCCCUCGACGCCCCGCUCGACCACCUCAGGCUCUUCCCCUACCACGACAACUACGUCCGCCUGGGCGAGCUGGAGCACGCGCUGCUGUCCCGCCACGCGCCCGACCACCUCGCCGUGCCCGCGCGCGUCGCGUUCCUCGGCUCGGGAUCCCUGCCGCUCAGCGCGCUCCUGCUCGCCGCGCGCCACAUGCCCGACGCGACCGUCGACUGCUUCGACCGGUGCGGCGCCGCCAACGAGCGCGCGCGGAGGCUGCUGCUCCGCGGGAACGACGCCGGCAACGUGGCCGCGCGCAUGUCGUUCCGCACGGCGGACGUCGAGGGCCUCACGCACGAGCUCGCCGCAUACGACGUGGUCUUCCUGGCGGCGCCCGUCGGCGUGGCGCCGGAGGAGAAGGCCCGCGUGAUAGCGCACCUCGGCCGGCACAUGGCCGCCGACGCUGCCCUCGUUGUGCGGAGCGCGCACGGGGCCCGUGGCUUCCUGUGCCCUGUCGUGGAGCCCGCGGAGGUCAGGCGGGGCGGGUUCCAGGUGUUGGCCGUGCACCAUCCCGAGAACGCCGAGAUGGUCUACUCCGUCAUUGUCGCACGUAAAGGUUACCUCGAGCUCGUGCCACCGGUGGUGAGCCCGCCGUGCAACUGCUGCGAGGUGGAGAAGGCGCGCAGCAGUGUGCCGUCAACGAGCUGUCAUCUUGACGCCAUGGACGAAAUCCGGAGGCGCGCAUGGUGAUUGAAUGUCAGCCUACGACCUCUUGAGACACAGCACCAAACAGAAGUACCACACAAUUACACAAAAAUACUUCCUCCCUGAAGAAAUAUAAGAGCACUUAGGUCGCUAGGGAGGGAGUAUGAGUUAAUAUCUGUAUCGGUAAUAAAUAAAAGGAACGCUUCGCGAAAAUGGGACAAGAAUUUAGGGCACGCAAGUGCAGGGCACUCAAGUCCUAGUGCCGGCCUUUUAUUUUGGCUUCUGAUUUUUAGAGUUUUAUAUCUUCUAAACAAAAAAAUUUCAAAUUAA